GCUUUCAAGAUCAGAAAAAUGAGCAAAAGGCCGCAUUAGCGACACGUACUGUGGUUGACACGACAGCGGGAGUAGAUGAAAGUGGCAAGUCUGUUACCCAAAGUCUUCAUGAUCAGAAGAAUAAACUAAAGACCACAACGACAAGUACUGUAGCCACCACCACCACACUAGGAGGAGAUGGUGGUCUCAGAUCAGUAACCCCACAUCGUCAAAGUCAGAAGGAUGAGUCCACAAUCACAUCAAGUACAACAGGGAGAGAUGGUAGAGGGGGCAUAAACACAAAUCAAGCUUUGGCGUUCUUUUGUCCACAUGAAUGUACAUACUGUCUGACGUUCGAAAGAAAAGAGAACACAAUGUGCAGGGCGUUCGAUAAAUACGGAUCCAUAAAUCAGACAUUUGUCAAUGCUCUAUCGCAGGUUCUACGACAGGCUAAUGACGAGAUAGUAGCUUUACCAC